AGCUACUUGCUAGUGUGGUCGAUCGACCUUAGCCCAGAAAAAGUGCUAGGAAAGCAUGAAUUUAAGUAGCACGUUUUAUUAUGACAGCGUCUGAUUACGAAUACGAAUGUAUGCGAGCAGAGCUGCUGGGUCUCAAAAAACCAGAUAAAACAAUAUUCGCCGAGAACGAUGUCGAUGUUUCAUCUGUGGAGACUUUGGCAAUUGAAGGAGAGCAACUUGGACACAUUAAUGGUGGGCUGGAUGAACUGAAUUCUGUCAUUGGAUCAACUAAAAAGAAAUUAACUAGGUUUCAGAGCUUAACUGGCAGACUUGGACGUUUGAUUAAAAAAUCAUCUGACAAUAAAUCAAGCCCUACGCCUAAAAAUGCAGAACAUAACUCACCAUCAAAAUCAGGAUCACCCAAUCAACGAUCAGCAGAAUCAGGAAAUUCUUGUUCAAGUUUUAAGGCCGAAGAGGUCGAACGACAGGUUGAUAGGUUGGAUCAACUACUCAUGAAAGCAGAACACGCUGAAUUGUCUUUAGGUUACAACAACAAACUAAUUAAAAAAAUAACAAAUAAAUAAAACCGCCUAAAACCAAUGGCUGAGCUCAAAAAAUUAUAUAAUUAUGUGCCCAAUUUAAUAUAUGUAGUUAUUUAUAUUUAAUUUUGCAUAUUUAAUAAAAACAUAACAAAUUAGAACUUUUAAUAGUUCAUAUUUUAGACAUUUCCUUUAAAUUUGUUUAUUCAUCAUCUAUGU